AUGUACAUCGUAACAGAGGACUAUGAAUCGAGGGGCAAAUUCAGCGUACUUGGGCCGCUCUCAGUCUACGAGACCGGCUCGCCAAACGAGAAUGGCAACAUCCUUUUAUAUUGCCCAGAUGGGUUUGGACACGCCCUCCACAAUCAGUACUUGGCCGACAGAUUCGCCGAAUGCGGUUGGCAAGUGAUCUUACCCGAUUACUAUGAGGGUGACCCGGUUCCUCUAGAGCAUCUGGACUGGGAUCAAUCAAAGUCUCUCGAGGAGCAGGGGUGGAAUGAAGAGCAGCUAGGCAGGAUGCGUAGCUUUAGUCUUGACACUUGGCUGCGAGUUCAUAAUAUGACGAGAAUACAGAUGCUCCUUAAAGACUGUGUACAUGCAAUACAACAGUCAUAUCCAGGCACGUCUAUCUCGGCGAUUGGAUUUUGCACAGGAGGUAAACAGUCCCUGCUUUUAGCCUCUUGGGCCGUUAAAGCCGCAGCCAUAUUUCACCCGAGCUUUGUGAAGGAAGAAGACAUUCAUGGUAUCUCAGUGCCUCUGUACAUCGGUUUAGGAGAGAAAGAUCAAAUGGUCCCCUCGACUUUAAAGGAAGAUCUCGAGAGGUGGCUAUCUGCUUCGAAGGUCCGCGGCUUCACAAUCUCCGUGUACCCUGGCAUGGAUCACGGUUGGACAAUUCGUCCCGAUAAUGAUGACCCUGAAAUACGGCAUCAAUGCAAGCAGGCUUUUGAGGAUGCAGUGAAGUUUUUGAGCAGUUUUAAAGCAUGA